AUGAGGUUAUCCCUCCCGCUUCGCCGGUUCUAUACGACUUGUGGUCAAUGCCCACCACGCCUUGUCUUCCGCCUGUCUCCGUCGCCGCCACCACCAAGCUGCCGCCGCUUCACAUCUCGAUCGUCAUGUCCGCAACGCUUACGCCCAAUUCGACUGGGCCGGGCCCCGAGGAUUGGGGCCGUGCUUAUCGCAGCCAUGGCCCCAGGGGCAUUUGUGCAAUUAGCAGAAAACAAGGAGGACGGCAAGACCGGGGAGAGGACAAUGCUGGAAGCUUCGCGCCAAGAGAUAAAAGACGACAUUCUGGAAAAGACACAGGGGACUUUGGGGCUUGAAAGCCCUGCUCUCGCUUGCUGGACAUACUACAUUUAUGAUACGAUAGCCACUGGUUUCCGCUUCGUCCAUCUGGUUGUCAUAUUUUUACCGGUCAUUCUGACGGCGCCUACGAUAUGGCUUGGGAAGCGCAUCAAGGACCGCGACGGAACACGAACAGGCACUUUGUGGUGGUAUCGCUUUCUUGUUAGGGCAAUGGAGCGGGCAGGUCCUGCCUUUAUCAAGCUCGGACAAUGGGCCGCGUCGCGCACUGAUAUAUUCCCCCCGGAAAUGUGCAGCACCAUGUCCUCUCUUCACUCGAAUGCUCCUGCGCAUUCUCUGCAUGAGACCAAGCGGACAAUCCGCAAAGCUUUCCACGGAAUGUCUUUUGAAGAUAUCUUUGAGGAAUUCAACGAGGAGCCGCUAGGAGUAGGCGCUAUCGCACAAGUAUACAGGGCAAAGCUAAAGCCAAACCUUGCCAAUCUUGCAGACAAUCAACGUACCUCUGGGCCCGAGGAGGGCUUAGGAAACAAGUUUCGAAAAAAUGUCGACGUGCUGGUCAAGAGCACUCCUCAGCGAGUUCCCUCUUCAUAUGUCGCUGUCAAGGUACUGCAUCCCCGCGUCGAGCGGCUGAUCCGUAGGGACCUACGAAUCAUGCACUUUUUUGCCUCGUUGAUCAAUGCUAUUCCGACCAUGCAUUGGUUAUCAUUCCCGGACGAGGUUGCCCAGUUUGGGGAGAUGAUGAAACUGCAACUGGAUCUUCGAAUCGAAGCAACAAAUCUCAAAGUAUUCCGCGAGAAAUUCAGGUCUCGCACUACAGCCUGGUUUCCAUAUCCAUAUCUCGACUACAGCACUCGCGAGGUUCUUGUAGAGGAGUUUGCGCAGGGCAUCCCAUUGUCCACCUUUUUAGAAAAUGGAGGAGGUGUAUACCAGCAUGAGAUUGCAAACGAAGGCUUGGAUGCCUUUCUUCACAUGCUCUUGAUUGAUAAUUUUGUGCACGCGGAUCUGCACCCAGGCAAUAUCAUGGUCCGCUUCUAUCAACCUAGUGAGCUUGAUCUUUCGCUCCACAAACAACACAGCCGUGCAUCCGAGGCGCCAACGGCCGCAGAAGUCGACGUGGCAGAAGCUGUGCUUGCACGGUUGCGGCCGCAUGAAAAGGACCCGCAAGAAUGGGAAAAGGCUCUGAAUCAGCUCAGCGCAGAAGGCUACCGGCCUCAGCUCAUUUUCAUUGACACGGGCCUCGUCACUGAACUCAACGAGACCAAUCGCAGAAACUUUUUGGACCUCUUCCGAGCCGUCGCCGAAUUUGACGGUCACCGUGCAGGCGAGCUUAUGGUUGAACGAUGCCGCCAACCCGAAGAAGUCAUCGACCCAGACAUUUUUGCUCUGAGGAUGCAGCAUCUCGUCCUCGGAGUCAAGUCGCGAACAUUUGCCCUCGGAAACAUCAAGAUUGGCGAUGUUCUGGGCGAGGUGCUAUCCAUGGUCCGGCGCCACCAUGUCCGCCUCGAGGGAGACUUUGUCAAUGUCGUCAUCUCAAUACUUCUCCUCGAGGGAAUCGGCCGGAGCAUGGAUCCUAACCUUGAUCUCUUCAAGAGUGCCCUCCCUAUCCUGCGCAAACUCGGAUCCAACGCUACAUUCCUGAAAACGAUCCGAUCAGGCGAUACUUCGAUGUUGCGCGUGUGGGUCGGUCUCGAGGCCCGCGGCUUACUGCAGGCGAGCAUUGAGAGAGUCGAAAAUUGUGUUAGAUAUGAUCUGUUGUCUCCCAACAUCUAG